AUGUCGGGUAACAACGGCAAGGAAAAGAAGUACGAUGCGAGCAACGACAAAACGCUGAAACAGGUCGUGAAAGGCGAAUCUCCCUUGUGGAUUCGUUUCGUCAUCGGAAUUCUUCGCGUUUGGUUUGUCAUCUACGAUUGUCUCAAUUACAUUCCCUACCAACUCUUCAAUUCGCCUGCAGAGAAAUUGCGCAAAUCGGGCAGAACCAAGGCUAAAUGGGUUGACGAAGAAGAACGAGAUGGGCCAAUUGAAAAUGUUGAUGGAACGAUUGCAAUGGAUUACCCUGGAAAAGAUACCGCAGACAAACUAUGGCGUCACGUUGUGUCAAUUUACGGAGAUAAGGACGCACUGGGAACACGCCGAUUGUUGGAAGUGGUGCAAGAAAAGCAGCCAAAUGGACGUCUCUUUGAAAAAUGGAGCCUUGGUGAAUACGAAUGGAUGUCAUACAAAGACGUCGAGCGAAAUGUUCAACAAUUGGCCGCUGGCAUCAAGGAUCUUUCCGCGGGAUUGGACGAUCCAAAAGUGGUGAUUUAUGCCGAAACACGCGCCCAUUGGCUUAUUGUCGCGCUUGCCUGUUUCCGUGCAAAAGUGACGGUUGUGACAGUUUAUGCUACAUUGGGAGAAGAGGCAAUUGCUUCUGCAAUCAACGAGACUGAAGCCUUCAUGUUGGUCACUUCCGCGGAACUUGUCGAAAAGAUUGGAAGUAACAUAUGCUCCAAAUGUCCAACCGUGCACACGCUGAUGUAUUUUCCACCUGUUGAUACUACGUCUUCUGGCCCAGACCUCGAAGUUUAUCGAAACCAAUUCAAACACAUCUUCACGUUUUCCGCUUUGAAAGAUCGCAGCGCUAAACCAAUUUUGGAGUCAACGGCUGAACCAAGCGAUCUUGCCCUCAUCAUGUACACAUCUGGAACAACAGGACAGGCAAAAGGAGUGAUGUUGCUGCAUUCAAAUCUUGUUGCUGCAAUUGCUGGACAAGGAAACGGAGUGAAGAAAAUAUUGACGGAUGCGGAUACUUACAUCGGAUAUCUCCCAUUGGCGCACAUUCUUGAGAUGGAUGCUGAAUUGACGGCUCUUUCACGCGGAUGUCGUGUCGGCUACUCUUCGCCCCUAACGCUUCACGACAGAGCUUCAAAGAUUUUGAAAGGAACGCAUGGGGACUGCUAUGCCCUCCGUCCCACUGUCAUGGCCGCUGUUCCGGCUAUUAUGGACCGAAUAUUCAAAGCGGUGACAGAAGAAGUUGCGGCCAGCCCACGAUUCAUGCAGGAAUUGUUCAAACUUAACUAUGAACGGAAGCGCGCUCGUUAUCAAGAUGGAUAUUGUUCGCCGUUCCUCGAUCGAAUCAUCUUCAAGAAAAUCCGCAAGCUACUGGGAGGCAAACUUCGAGGAGUUCUAUCUGGCGGAGCACCGCUGAACCCAGAAACUCAGCGCUUUAUGAACAUCUGCAUGUGUUGUCCAGUAAUUCAGGGCUAUGGCUUAACUGAAAGUUGUGGCGCUGCGUGUAUUGCUGAUACAGAAGAUCUUUCAACCGGAACUGUUGGCCCUCCAGUGCGUUGUGCUCGGAUCGCUUUGCGGGAGUGGAGCGAGGCUGGGUAUUCUCCAUACAGCGAUCCAUCGACUGGGGAAAUUCUCAUCUCUGGACCUCACAUUGCUGCUGGAUAUUGGAAGCAACCCGAGAAAACACGUGAAGAUUUCAUCGAGCACAAAGGACUCCGCUACUUUGCAACUGGAGACAUUGGAUUGAAACGAGAUGAUGGCUCGCUAACAAUUAUCGAUCGCAAGAAAGAUCUCGUCAAGCUUUCAAGUGGCGAAUAUGUUUCCUUGGCCAAGGUUGAAUGUGCUCUGCUGAACUGCCCAAUCGUUGACAACAUCUGUGUCUACGGAAACAGCUUGGAAGAUUCUACUAUUGCCCUUGUUGUGCCAAAUGCUAAGCACUUGCAAAAGAUAGCUGAAGAGGUUUCGGUCACUUCUACUGACAUUGCAACACUUUGUCGAGAAGACUCUGUGGUGAAAGCUUUCAAGAAGAAAAUGGAGGAGCAUGCAAUCAAAAACAAACUGCACAAGUCGGAAAUCCCAAGUGCAAUUCACUUGUGUGAAGAGGAAUGGACUCCACAAUCUGGCCUUCUUACGGAAGCCCUCAAACUCAAGCGCAAGCCCAUCGAGAAGAAAUAUGAAACCAUGCCUCUGCAGCCAAACCGAAGGAUCUUCUUUAGUGGAGCCAAAGAAACUGAACGAUUCAAGAAAAGCUACCAAAAAAGUAGAACGGAAACGACAGAUGAUCGUGAGACCAAUAAAACAAUGGGAAUGCAAAUUCUCACUCGUGCCGAUAAAGAACGAGCAAAAAGCCCAGUAGAACAAAAGCCGGAAACGUCAACAAGUGUUAUUCAUUAUCCUCAACUGACGCGCCGUCCAAUCUCAACUGAUGUCGCUAAAACCGGCGCUAAAUCUACGACUGGGGCGACUACAUUGGCAAAUGUUAGCAAGACGACAGAGCUUCCCCAAAUGACUGAUGGUAUUCGACUUAUUGGAGAGCAUCUUGAAUUCUUCGAUCAAAUAAAUGAAUAUCUUUCGGACACAAACGCGUGUUACUCUGUCAUUGGAGCGAUAGGUCCACAAGGAGUAGGAAAGUCCACUCUUUUGAGUAUGAUUGGAGGCAACACAUCACAGGAAAUGUAUCGACAAUAUAUCUUCCGGCCGUGCUCACGAGAAGCAAUUGAGGGAUCAAGACACCAAACUGCAUGCGUUUACGUUUAUGUAACAAAAACAAGGAUGAUUUUGAUAGACUGUCAGGCUAUGAAUAGUGGUUCGUUAUUGGAUGAUGCGAUACGUUCAAAUAGAGGAGGAAUCAAGAUCGAUGAUCGUCUGGAAGUUGCGAAAAAUAUGGAGGUGCUACAAAUUAUUUCAUUUUUGAUCCACGUUUGUCAUGUACUGAUAUUCAACGUUGACUGGUUUAUCGACUUUGAACUAAUAAAAAUGAUUCGAUUAGCUGAAACAUUGCGAGCAAAUCUACCACAAGUCGCAACGCAAUUGUCAUUACCACAGUUGAAUUCAACGCGUAAAGUUUUUUUAAUGAUUGUUCAUGCCCGAGCCAAGGAGGUUGACUGUUUACCAAUUAAUAAGGCGAUGCGAAUCCAGCUUAUUCGAAAAAUCUUUGCUGAUUCAUCAAGGAUUAAAAUUUCGGAAGAUGAUAAUGCAGUCUACUUUUGCACUGAAGAAAUUAAGCUCAGGCAAGAAAAUGCAAACAUUGAGCAAAAGGUGACGGAGAGAGCACUACAAGAAAAUUUUGAUGCUACGAUGUGCAAGCUGCGCCCGUUGUUGGCUACACUAUGCAGUGAACACUUUACGAAGGACAACGUGCCAUUCUCCGAAAAGCAAUGGUUACGAAUUGCAAAGCUCAUUUGGAGUGAUUCAGCAUUCAACUCGACCGCGGCACGUUUGGCACAAUGUAUU